AUGAAACUACUGAGAGUAAGUCCAGAAAAAAAUAUAGAAUUUCCUCUUGUUCAUUUUCAAGCAGUAACACAAGUUGUGAAAUUAGAAAAUAUAAGUGAUAAAAAGGUUGCAUUUAAAAUAAAAACAACAGCUCCGAACAAUUAUUUAGUUCGACCAUCUUUUGGCUUAAUUCAUGUAAGAGAAACAAUAGAUAUUCAAAUAAUUUUACAACCCUUAUCAGAUAAAGAUAAUAUAACAAAUGAUAAAUUUCAAGUUCAGUGUUUAAAUGUUGAUGAUGAUACAGUUGUCGAUAAACAAUUUUGGGUUACAGUUAAUAAAAACGAAAUACAAGAUCAUAAACUUAUAGUUGUUUUAAAUGAUGAAAGUACUAGUAAAUUACCCCAUUCCUAUUUACCAUCUAAUAAUAUACCACUUUCCGAAAUGAAUAAUAAAAAUAAUAAUUUAAAUUAUGUAGAAAAUAACUUAAAUACAGAUGAUACUAAUAUAGCCGAAGGUGGAUUGCCAGGUAUGCAGAGGAAGUAUCAUGAACUUUUAAAUUACUGCGUUUUUGUGGACAAGCAAAAAGCAGCAUUAGAAAAAGAAAAUGAAAGUUUAAAAAAUCAACUAAAAGCAUAUAGUAGCAAUUACAAUAAGUUUUUUAUUGACAAUAAACUAAUACCAGUUAUUAUCAUUAUGCUAGCUAUUGUUACGAAGUACAUGGGAUAUUGGUAA